CAAGGGUCCAUGUGGCAUGCAGGUUGAGCCAUCCUAGGCACCACAGAGCAACAUCUAGUGGGUGGGCAGCAUGGGCUUUGAGGAACUGCUGGACAAGGUGGGUGGCUUUGGGCCUUUCCAACUGAGGAAUCUGGCCCUGCUGGCCCUGCCCCGAGUGCUGCUACCUAUGCAUUUCCUCCUUCCCAUCUUCAUGGCCGCUGUGCCCGCCCACCAUUGUGCCCUGCCUGAUGCCCCUGCCAACCUCAGUCACCAGGACUCGUGGCUGGAGACCCAUCUACCCCGGGAGACUGACGGCAGCUUUAGCCCCUGCCCCUGCCUCCGCUUUGCUCAUCCCCAGGCUCUCCCCAAUACCACCUUGGGGACAGAGGCACACAGCCCAGGGGAGCCUGAGGGUGAAGCUACCGCAGUGCCCUGCUCUCAGGGUUGGGAGUACGACCGCUCAGAAUUCUCCUCCACCAUUGCAACUGAGUGGGAUCUGGUGUGUCAGCAGAGAGGACUGAACAAAAUUACAUCCACCUGCUUCUUCGUCGGCGUGCUGGUGGGGGCUGUGGUGUACGGCUACUUGUCUGACAGGCUUGGCCGGCGCCGGCUUCUGCUGGUGGCCUACGUGAGCUCGCUGGUGCUGGGCCUGGCGUCUGCAGCCUCGGUCAACCACAACAUGUUUGUCAUCACCCGCACCCUCACGGGCUCCGCCCUGGCUGGUUUCACCAUCAUUGUGUUGCCGCUAGAGCUGGAGUGGCUGGACGUGGAACACCGCACGGUGGCUGGGGUCAUCAGCACCAUAUUCUGGACAGGAGGUGUGCUGCUGCUGGCGCUGGUUGGGUACCUGAUACGGAGCUGGCGGUGGCUUCUGCUGGCUGUCACCCUGCCAUGUGUUCCAGGCAUUAUCAGCAUCUGGUGGGUACCUGAGUCUGCGCGAUGGCUUCUAACCCAGGGUCGCUUGGAGGAGGCAAAAAUGUACUUGUUGCGCUGUGCCAAGCUCAAUGGGCGGCCUGUGGGUGAGGACAGCCUGAGCCAGGAGGCCCUGACCAAAGUGGUCACCAUGGAACGGGUGCUGCAAAGACCAUCAUACCUAGACCUGCUCCGAACACCGCAGCUCCGUCACAUCUCAUGGUGCUGCAUGGCGGUGUGGUUUGGAGUGAAUUUUUCCUACUAUGGCCUGACUCUGGACGUGUCUGGGCUGGGGCUGACCGUGUACCAGACUCAGUUGCUGUUUGGGGCAGUCGAGCUGCCCUCCAAAAUCACCGUCUACUUUCUCGUGCGCUGUGUGGGACGCCGCCUCACAGAGGCUGGGAUGCUGCUGGGUGCAGCUCUGACCUUUGGCCUCAGCCUGCUGGUGUUCUCAGACACCAAGUCCUGGAUCACUGCUCUGGUGGUGAUGGGAAAAGCUUUCUCCGAAGCUGCCUUUACUACAGCCUACCUGUUCACGUCUGAAUUGUAUCCUACUGUGCUCAGACAGACAGGAUUGGGACUCACUGCACUCAUGGGCCGGCUAGGGGCCUCUUUGGCCCCCGUGGCGGCCUUGCUGGAUGGAGUAUGGCUCUUGCUGCUCAAACUUGCUUAUGGGGGGAUUGCCCUGCUGGCUGCCUGCACUGCACUCCUGCUGCCUGAGACAAAGAAGGCACAGCUGCCAGAGACCAUCCAGGAUGUAGAAAGAAAGAGUAGUCAGGAAGAAGAUGUGCAGAUCUGAGACUGAGGGGGACUAGGGUCAGCCCUCCGCAGGAGCUGGGAACACAAGGCAGGUUCUUGUGACUGGGACAUCAAAUCACUCUACCUAAGAAUGGAGCUGCCACUGGUACUUUCUGCCUGUGUUUAUCCAGUCUCUAGCAACAGGACAGCCUCCUGGGGCACUGGGCUAUUGGGGGUUCUGGGCACCCCCUCUUAUGGCUGGGGGAUUCUGUAAAUAAAGAUCCUUAUGGGUUCGGGCAGCA